UUCCGGGCCUGCUUUUCUACAAGAUGUUGGGGUUUUUGAAGCGCCCUGUAGUGGUGACUGCUGACAUCAACCUGAAUGUGGUGGCUCUGACGGGCCUGGGGCUGCUGAGCCGGCUGUGGCGACUCACCUAUCCACGGGCCGUGGUCUUUGAUGAAGUGUACUACGGGCAGUACAUCUCUUUUUACAUGAAGCGGAUCUUCUUUCUGGACGACAGUGGCCCACCGUUUGGCCACAUGCUGCUGGCUUUGGGAGGCUAUUUAGGAGGAUUUGAUGGCAACUUCUUGUGGAACAGGAUUGGAGCAGAAUACAGCAGCAACGUGCCCGUGUGGUCCCUGCGCCUGCUGCCGGCCCUGGCCGGGGCCUUGUCGGUGCCCAUGGCCUACCAGAUCGUGCUGGAGCUCCGCUUUUCCCACUGCACUGCCAUGGGGGCCGCCCUCCUGGUGCUCAUCGAGAACGCGCUGAUCACUCAGUCGAGGCUGAUGCUCCUGGAGUCGGUGCUGAUAUUUUUCAACCUGUUGGCUGUGCUGUCCUACCUGAAGUUCUCCAACUCCCAGCGACACAGCCCCUUCUCGCCCAGCUGGUGGUGUUGGCUGAUGCUGACGGGGGUGGCGUGUUCCUGCGCGGUUGGCAUUAAAUACAUGGGCGUGUUCACCUACUUGCUCGUUCUCAGCGUUGCAGCCGUCCACGCCUGGCACCUCAUCGGAGACCAGACGUUGUCAAACGUCUGCGUGUUGUGUCACCUGCUUGCCAGGGCGUUGGCUCUGCUGGCUGUCCCGGUCGUGUUGUACCUCCUGUUCUUCUACAUCCACUUGACUCUGCUCUGCCGCUCUGGGCCCCACGACCAGAUCAUGUCCAGUGCCUUCCAAGCCAGCUUAGAGGGAGGACUGGCACGAAUCACCCGUGGCCAGCCGCUGGAGGUGGCCUUUGGGUCCCAGGUCACUCUGAGGAGCGUCUCGGGCAAGCCCCUGCCCUGCUGGCUUCAUUCUCACCCGAGCACCUAUUCACGCAGAUACGAGAACGGCCGGGGGAGCUCCCAUCAGCAGCAGGUCACCUGCUACCCCUUCAGAGACGUCAACAACUGGUGGAUUGUGAAGGACCCUGGGAGGCAUCAGCUGGUAGUGACCAACCCUCCGAGACCCGUGCGGCAUGGGGACAUUGUGCAGCUGGUGCACGGCAUGACCACCCGCCUCCUCAACUCGCACGAUGUCGCGGCCCCACUGAGCCCGCACUCGCAGGAGGUCUCCUGCUAUAUCGACUACAACAUCUCCAUGCCCGCCCAGAACCUCUGGAGACUGGACAUUGUAAACAGAGAGUCGGACACAGAUGUCUGGAAGACCAUCCUGUCGGAGGUUCGCUUCGUGCAUGUGAACACAUCUGCCAUCUUGAAGCUGAGCGGGGCACACCUCCCGGACUGGGGCUUCCGGCAGCUGGAGGUCGUGGGGGAGAAGCUGUCGCAGGGCUACCACGAGAGCACAGUGUGGAACGUGGAGGAGCACCGCUACGGCACAAGCCAGGAGCCGAAGGAGCGGGAGCUGGAGCUGCACUCCCCCACUCAGGCGGAUUUUUUCAGCUUCAUGGCCAGGUUCUCAGAACUGCAGUGGCGGAUGCUGACGCUGCGAGGUGACGACUCAGAGCACAAGUACAGCUCCAGCCCCCUGGAGUGGGUCACCCUGGACACCAACAUCGCCUACUGGCUGCACCCCCAGACCAGUGCUCAGAUCCACCUGCUCGGGAACAUCGUGAUCUGGACCUCAGCCAGCCUGGCCCUGGCAGCCUACGCCCUGCUCUUCUGCUGGUACCUCCUCCGACGGCGGAGAAGGGCCUGUGACCUCCCUGAGGACGCCUGGCUGCGCUGGGUGCUGGCCGGGGCGCUGUGUGCCGGGGGCUGGGCGGCCAACUACCUGCCCUUCUUCCUGAUGGAGAAGACGGUCUUCCUCUACCACUACCUGCCCGCACUCAGCUUCCAGCUGCUCCUGCUCCCCAUGGUCCUGCAGCAUGUUGGCGACCACCUGUGCAGGUCCCAGCUCCAGAGGAGCCUCUUCAGAGCCCUGGUCGUGGCCUGGUACUCCUCGGCGUGCCACGUGUCCUCCCUGCUGUGCCCCCUGACCUAUGGGCACAGGGCGCUCUCACCAGGCGAGCUCAAGGCCCUCCGCUGGAAAGACAGCUGGGACAUCCUGAUCCGGAAGUAGCAGAGCCAGACGCCCGAGCUAGUGGGCCGGCCCAGCACCGGCUCUGAGCCCCGGAGGCUGCCCACUGGCCAAGGUGGUGCCUGAGUCCUCCCUGCUUUCAGCCUCGAAGGCCAGCAAGGAACUGAGCCAUCGAGUGCUGUAGUGGCCGUGGUGGGCCGGAGGGAGGCAAGGAGCCCUGGGCCCCCGUGGCAGCCGGGCUGUGUCACACCCACCUCCCCGCAAGCACCCGGG